AUGCUAGAAGAAAAUGAGGAAUCUUUAGAUUUUGGUUCCUUGAGCGAAUGUGUUGUUGUGAGUGUUGAUGAGGACUCUGAAAGUGUAAGUAAAGCGAAGAGACAGAGAGUGAAUAGGCUGCGGAGAAGUCCAAAGAAUAAAGAGAAAGUGCUUAAUGAUAAAAGUAAGGAUGACACGCACAGUACUGAUAGUCUUGCAAAGGAUAUUCCAGAGAAUAAAGAGAAAGUACUCAGUGACAAAAUUAAGGAUAACACACACAGUAUUGAUAGACUUAGUAAAGAUAAUGAAUCUGAAGUGUCAGGAAGUAUUGAAAUAAUUCCAGAUACAAUGGCAGAGAAUGAUACUGCUGUAAAUCCACUUGAAGAUAACGAUGGUAAUAAAAUUGAAAAGGACCUAGCUAACAUAGAAGAGAUAAAUAUAAUCAGAAAUGAAAACAAUAAAAAGAAAACUAAAAAAUUAAAGAUUUUAAAUACAUGUAGUAUAAACCAGUCCUCUUCCCAAGUCAUUGAUCUAAGUUCCAGUUCUGAGUCUGUUUCAGGUUUGGAGAAUAGUGGAAAUUGUGAGAAAAAAUCAGAGAGAAGUCCUGCAGAGAAAAGUAGCAAGAGGGGAAAAGGAGAAUCACAGGCAAGAAAACUUUGUAAUUCUUCUGAAACAGUGGAUGUUAUAGGUGAAACAGAUAUGACCAAUACAGGUAUUUCAGGGAGUGAAAAGAAAGAAAACUUUGAAAAUCUGAAAAUAAAGGAAAACUGCAAGAUGGUGACUAAUAAAUUUAAAGAUCCAAAUUGUUUAAGAAGUCCAAAAGAGAGAAAGAAAAGAAAAUCCGGGCAGUCAGAAAAAGACGAUGAUUCUCAAAAUGACAUCGUUAGAAUUAGGCAUUUAAGUGGAAUGUUAGUGUCUCCCCAAGAGUCGCUUGUUCUAUCAGGUAUGAAAGACUCAGUAGAAGAUAUAUUUCAAAUUGACUCUGAAAUGCCAUCAGUAGAUCUAAGUCCAGUUGAAGGAACACUUGGACUAGAACCAAAUAGUCCAAGUUUAGAUUUAGGAACUUUAGAUGCGCCAGAUUCUAUUGUAAAUUAUAACAGUACAAAGAAAAGAAAAGGUCUAGAUCAGUCAGAACUUACUUUGCAUGAGACAGAAGAGAAUUUAAUUUAUAAAAAUGGUGUAAAAACUGUGAAUGAAAAAGAGCAGUCAGACUCUAUAAACUUAAGUCCUGAAAAUGAUAUUGAUUUGGUCAAAAGCAAGAAUGAGAUCAGUUUGGACCAGCAUUCUGACUCGAGCCCCGAAGAAAAGAGAAGGAGGUCAAAUGUUAAAGCUGUGAGAGGUUUUUCAAGAAAGAAGAGACAGUCAGAUAUAGGACAGAGUCAGAUGUCUGGCUCAAGUUCAGGGAAUUCUGUCAUCUCUAGAACACCCCAGGCAUUGACCUCUGUAAAAUGCAAGUCACCAGUUGCUAAAUUUUUAUCUCCAAAGACAGCAAAAUCAGUCCAAAGUAAAAUCUUUGAGACCGGGAAGCAGAGUGAACAGAAUGAUACAAGUCAUGAAACAAAUGAAACUGAUGAAAUUUCUUUAGGGAAGAAAUUGAAACUAAAGCUUGUAGAGAACAGCCAGGUUAAACAAAAACAAACAGACACACCAGUAAAGGCACUGAAGGAGACUAAUGUAUCAAAGUACAGCCCAUCUUUAGUGAAACAGAAAAAGGAACAUGAAGAGAAAAAAGAAGCCACAUUUGAACCAGAAGUUGUCGAGUUGAAACAUUAUGAUGAUGAGGAGGAUGAAUGUGUGCUCUCUCCAAAUGACUUACCUGAUCUUGAUGAUGAAAAUGUGGCAGUAAAUCCAGAUGAGGAAAAGGUUGCUGUGACAGUAAAUCCAGACUUUGAAAUAACUAAUGAUGAACAAGUUCGAGAUAAAUUGUCUGGAAGAUCAAAAAUAUCUCCGAAACUUUUAUUGAACUCUCCUGACAAGGUAAAGAAUAUAGUUUUAAAGGCAAGCAGUCAAAAUUUAUCAGAUAGAAUUGAAAAUGAAUAUAGAACAACUAUUCCAGAAACUAUGUCUUUUGAUGAUGAUGAUGAUGAUGAGAAAUGUAACCAUGUAAAAUGUGACAAAACACCAACAGGGCCAAAGACAACAGAAAACAAACAGGUAAAUCAUGUGACUGAAAAGGUUACCUCUACUGGUGAUGAUGAAAACAGUAUUGAUUCUUCCUCAAGCCCAGACUUUACGUUGGACUCUUCUUCUGAUGAUGAACAUCCAGAGGAACAAGCUUUAACUGAAAUAUCUAAGUUUGAUAAGAUUGUUGAGCAUAGCAUAGAUACAGGAAAGUCAAAUGUUCUUCAAAAUGUAGACAGGAAUGAGAGCAAAAAUGCAAAGUUUAGUUAUGAAAAAACUAGAAAGAAAAGAAGACAUAAAGGUAUUGAAAAGGAAUCAUUUGUUAAAACUAGGACUCCGGAACAUGGGGACAUAAAAGAUCAAGACGAUCAUGAAAGUUCAGUGAAGGGAAUAGCACCAGUCAAUUCGGAAGAUAUGUAUUCAACUAGGUUAGACAGCAGUCCAGCUUCAUGCGAAGAAGUGAAUAUUGAUUCAGAACCUGUGAUAGUAGAAUCUGAUCUUGAUGGUGAUGAAAGUGAAAAUGAUAAUGAUAGAGGUGUGGGUGAUAAGGGUGGUGAUUUUGGAACAGCAAAUGAAAUCAUGGAGUUAGAUAAUGAAGGGGCAGAUGAUGAUGAUAGUGAUGAAUCAGAUGCAGUUGUAAGAAGGAAAGGAGUGAAGAGAGCCAUACUGAGUGACAGUAGCAGUGAAGAUGAAGAAGAAGGUAGCAGAUAUAUGAACAUGACAUCCUCCUCUGCAUUCUCAAGCCAAAGUGAAAAUCUCACUACCCAGGAAAGGUACUCUUUAGAGAAAGAGGUGGAGAGGAUGGCCAGGGAGAUGGAAGCUAUGAAAGAACAGUUAAGGAGGAGUAAAGAAUGGAACCAGUCGAAACAAUCUGACAAAAAACACUCGCCAAAUCCAGUGACAGUAGAUGACUCUGAUGAAGAUAUGAUUGAAGCCAAUGACUCGGAUAAUGCUGCUGAAGAUGAGGAUAUGUUUAUGUCACCACCUGCAAUCACACCAGGUGAUCUACAGAUGGACGAUGAAGAAACUUUGGAUCCAGCAGUUGUUCAGGAUGAAGAGAAUGAUGUUACUGAUAAAGGAGAAACUGUAGAGCAGGUAGACGAGAGUCUAGCUCUGCCUCUUGAGAGUUUAACUGUACCAGAGUCUGACCCGAGCCAGUUAUCUCGCCCAGGACCUGUACAAGGGUCAGACCCAAGCCAGUCAUCUCAUCCAAAACCUGUACCAGAGUCAGACCCGAGCCAGUUAUCUCGCCCAGUUCUAGCUGACCUUGACACAAACAUCUCACAAUCAGCAGCACCAAACAACAAGAAACCAGUUGGCAUUGUUGUCACUGGACUGAAUGUGCAGCAAAUACAACAAACGAAGAAGCUAGCAGCAUUAACUAAUGCCAAAUUUUUUACCAAAUUCAAUGAUUUGGUCACACAUGUUAUAGUUAAACCAGCUGAUGAAGAUGAAACAAUUUGUGACAGAACACUCAAGUUUUUCCAGGGUAUAGCUAAGAAAUGUUGGAUUGUCAAUUUCUUCUGGGUUGUAGACAGUAGGCAAGUCGGACAUCUUCUCCCUGAGGGACCAUAUGAGAUUCAAGGAGAUACAGCUAACAAUGAAGCUCACUAUGGCCCAAGGAGGUCAAGGCUUUCUGGAGAUAAAAAGUUGUUCAAGAAGUUCCAGUUUUCACUCAUAGGUGAUAACACAUUCCUUUCAAAAGAUUCUAUGGCAGAUUUGGUAGAAACUUGUGGUGGUGAUGUCUGUAACAUGGCACAUCUAGGGCAAGGGUCUAGAAUUCCGCUUGUGAUCUCGUGCACUGAUUUAGAUGAUGAAGAAGAGGACCUACAGUUUAUUGUCAAGCAUGCAAACGAUAUAUAUAAAGGACUUGGGGUAGUCACUGUUACCCGUGAGUGGAUAUUAGACAGUCUGACGUUAUACAGGGUUCAGCCACUACAAGAUUAUGUUGUAACAGAUGUACCAAAUUUAAAGCUACCUCGGAUAUAACUUGGAAUGUUUGACACCAUUGUUGCACAAUAACUUUGACUUUAACCUCAAAGUGAGAAUAUUUCAAAAAGACAUUUGAGUGCUUGUACUAACCAUAAACAGUAGAAAACGGCUUCAUAUAAGUUGUCUGACUAAAAUUUUAUGAGAUAAAAAUUUUUGUCUGCAUUUGAACAAGAGGAUGUUCUGGAUUGUUAAAUUAUUAAAUAUUCCCGUUCCAUUAACUUGACUUAGAUCUUGAGUUUAAGAUUAGAACAGAUCAUAAGAAAAUAAUUGUCUUCAAGGAUAUGCAAGAAGUUGUGACAGUAACCUUAUUUUAAGACAGGGAUAUGCAGUGAUGCUUGAGGGUAUGUUAUUGAGUGCGAUCUCACCUCGGUUUUGUAGGAUCCUGUAACUUGUAAGUGUGGUCACACAACUUGGUGUUAUAGAAUAAACUCAGUAUGUAGCUUGGCAUUGUCAUCACACCUUGGUGUGUUGUAUGAUUAACUAUCUUGACAGUGGGAUCACACUUGGGUGUAUUGUACAAGGAACUUUGUUGACAAUGGGAUCACAUCUUGGUGUUGUAUGAUAAAAUGUGUCCUUAUAUUGUGAUCACACCUUUUGUGUUAUACGGUAAACUGUAUCUUGACAGUAAUAAUCACAAUAUAUUAAACAGGACAAACUGGAAUUUCAACAGCAGUUACCGGUAACAUAAUGCUGUAGUAAGUUUAUUAAGUUGGAGAGUAAGGUAAACAAGUCUUUGGAAACUAAACUGUACAAAAUAUGAAUGUACUCCAAGGUUUUCCAAGUUGAAAUGUAAGAAGAAAUUAGAAUGCAAAGUGGUAGUACGGUGUUAAUAAGCAGUCACUGUGCAUGUUUGGCAAGACCAAAAGCUACCUUUGAUAAUAUAAUUAUCUUAUUGGUUGACAGAGUGUUCCAUUUGCAAAUAAUUGACCAUUACAACUGUACAUGUGUAUAGAAAGAGAAUCAAAGUAACUUCAAUUCUUAAAUUGAUAAUAUUUAUUUUACUUCAAGAUUAUAUUGUUUUAAGUGUUUAUUGAUUUUUUUUAAAUCCUAGAUUAUUGAAUUUUUAAAGUGUCAUUGUUGAAUUUCAAGUUGAAUGCAACAUUUUGGUAUUAUAUCAGAUAUUUUGGAGUUAGGAGUUUUGUAAUAUUUAGCUUGUAUUAUUUUCAACUGCUGUUUUUAUUAGUGCUGAUACUUUUCAAGGCAAGGAAUACUAUUAUUGUCUAAUGUCAUCAGUAUCAUACAGUGUUAGGGAGCAAUAUGAUACUGUAGUAUUGAUUAAUAUAGAGUGGUAAUGUUUUUAUAUAGCUGCAAGUUUUUAACAUUGCAUUUUUGAUAACUAUUUGUUGAACUAUUUCUGCUCUGCUGAUGUUUAGAACUAAGCCUUAGUACAGUGUGACAGUAGUCCUACUAAUCUGAGUAAACAAUGAGCAAAUGUUUUUAGUAUUUUUGGAAUCUGAUUCAUACCCUUGACUUUAAGAAUGUUAUUAACAUUUCUUUCAAAAUUGGAUAAAUUUCCGACUAUCCAUUACUUGAUAAAAGCAACAGUAAAAACAAAUGUCUUGACAGACCACAAUAGCACACUCUCGUAUGUAAGGAUCUGUGACGUCACCGAUAAGGUCUGCUAUCUAAAAAUAGCACAGGACUCAAUUUGCGGACAAACAAUCAGUGCUUUUAUUGUACAAUAGCAUAAGGAAACCAUAGAUUUUGCAUUUAUUUCGUUAUUUUUGUUCGGGUUUCUAGCCUGCACAUCGCAAACAAAUGUUUUUUCUUUAUUUUUAAUUUCAGUAAACUAGCCAAGAAACUCUUUAUUUUAUAUCCAUGUUAGAAAUAACAUACCGCUUUUUCAUCAAUAUAUAUGUAUGAAUUGAUAAUGUUAUUAUAUUAUUUUGUUCAUUUUGUGACACAUCCAGUUUUGAAAAAGAAUAUUUAGAAAAAAUAGAAUAACGCGGGAAAAUGUAUUAAUACCAAAUGGAAAGCGUUAUUUUUAACAAAAACGUAUUCACAGAUCGAAAUUGUUCUUCUUAGUUACCGUCCGGCAUUAUAUUAACAUUACAUUUUUGUAAAAAAUUCUUCCGUUUUAAGUGUUUAGAAAUUUAAUAGAUCUACCUGCCAAUGUAAAAAGAAGUCUUAUGAUCGCAUAAUUUAAAUUUAUUGAAAUUUCGAAAUGUGAUGAACAACAUGUAUAUUCUAAAGUAAACUGUCAUACACAUUAUAAUUUUCGGUCACAUAUUCAGUUAUUCAUUGAAACAAUUAACACCUCUGUGAUAUACAUAUGUUGUGUUUUAUUACAAAUGACCCCUUAGUGUGACAUUAAUAAAUUAAAGAUAUUUGACUUUUGAUAGUAAUAUUUAGAUGUUAUCUGAUAAUAAACAUGUUGUUAAUCUAAUGCAACGUCAUUACUUUCUGCCAAAUCAUGCAUACUGUAUAUAUGUAUUUGAAUAAGGAAAUGUUCGACAAGUCCGCACCGACCACAGCUGACAUCGGGGAUCAUAAUCAAGUUUGGCUGAUACAUUGAAUCAAAAUGAUUUAACAUUAUAAGUUUUAACCACAAGUUCUCUUCGGUGUGUCGCAUUCGAAAACAUUGUAUUUUUUUCUUAGAACUGUAACCGUUCUUCUGAUGCAAGAUUUUAAUAUUAUUAUAUGGGGUAAUGUGCAUGCAUUAUGCCUUUAAACAGUGCUCUUUAUUUGCUUAGUAGGCCAGUUUUGAAUCGUUUUUGUUAAAAUAAUAUGUCUGUAUAUUUUGAGCUGAUUUUCCGUACAUUCGUUCCAAUAUAUUUCUUUAAUUAGUCAUUUAUAGUUUCAUCUCUUUUAUUUAUUCUGUUAACAGGUGCGACAAUUUUAUACAAGUAGCAUUUUACUUUUUUAAUUCCCAUAUAGUUGAUGAAUCUUUCUAAAAAGAAAACGCUCCCUUGUCCGCAAUUCGCGCAUUGCAUUAUGGUAUAACUGCCGUAUGUUCUAUUUAUAGAACACGAGAGAGCGCUAUUCUUUUACAAUGAAUUAC